CCCCCCCCUCCCGUUUUAUGUGAUUCCUCAAGAAAAUAAGCCGUCUCUUAAUUAGCUCCAUCCCCAACAAGACUUGUAACAUGUCAGCUGCUGUUGCUGCCGCCGCGUCUGCGGCCGCUAUAUCACAUAAUUCUGCAAGAAGUGGCUCGUCAGGAACUCCUGAGAGCCACCAAUUGCAGAAAGGAGUGCUAUUACCACCAUCAUCACCACUACCAUUGAGUCGUUACGAAUCUCAGAAGCGACGAGACUGGAACACUUUCGGACAGUACCUAAGAAACCACAGGCCACCACUGGCACUGUCACGGUGCAGUGGAGCUCAUGUUUUGGAGUUUUUGAGGUAUCUUGAUCAGUUUGGAAAGACCAAGGUGCAUAACCAAGGUUGUCCAUUUUUUGGCCACCCCCAUCCACCAUCUCCUUGCUCUUGCCCUCUCAAGCAAGCAUGGGGCAGCCUUGAUGCUCUCACCGGACGUCUCCGUGCUGCCUUCGAAGAGAACGGUGGACUGCCGGAGACAAACCCUUUUGGUGCACGCGCUGUGAGAUUGUACUUAAGGGAAGUAAGAGAUACACAGGCAAAAGCUAGAGGGAUAGCUUAUGAGAAGAAGAAGAGAAAGAACCCAGUACAACAGCAGCAGAAGAAGAAAUCACAAACUGCAGGAAAUGGCACUUACAGCCAUGUUCAACAAGGCAUUUGUAAUGGUGGAACUGAUGGAUUCGUUCCAAGAAAUGUCCUGUCAAAUGAGGCUGCUGUGAUUGAUGUUGGGGAUGUGUACGUGUUCAACUAAGCCAAUAAAAGUUGUUCUUAAUUGGUCUAGGGUUUAGAAGGAUAUGUAAUAUGUAAGGUAAUAUUGUAAUGCAAGUUAGGGUUUAUCAGAUGUUUAAGUACUUUUCCUUGUUAUCUGUGCUAAUGGUGUGUUAGUUGUUGGUAAUUAAGAGAGAAAGUCAUCAUUUUCUCCUAUUUUGGAUCCUAUGGUAACCAGGAAUCAUCAGUUAAUCAAAAUGUUUGUGAGAUUUUCCUAAGAUAUAACAGCACAGGGACUGUGAGCAAUAUUUCUAAGAUUAUUUUUUUCCCUCUAUCAA